UAUGGGUGGAGAAUUUUGGACCUUAGAUUUUUGUCUGGUUAAGGAUGUUCAAACUUCACCCACCUUCCAAAUCCACCGUUUUCCCCCACACUUUCCUUGCACACAAAAUCUUUCCUGCUCCUAAACACGUUCCUUCUCAUGAUUCAGUUUCUUCCUUCUGUGAAUCUUUGACUAGAAUCGCCGACCUCCUAUUUUGUAGGACACCCACUUGCGCUUUCUUGCUUUUCUCAGCUGUACCCUCUUAUUUUUCUUGAAUUAAACCGUCCAAGACUGAGUUCAGGGAGAACCGUGACCCGGGUUUGAAAGGUCAAAUUUUUACGCUUAACUUCGUGUGUUUCUGUGUGUCCGAGACUGAGAGAGGAAGAUAGAGGAUGGUAGGAGCUUUAUCAGUUAUGGGUUCAUCGGUCGUGGACUCUCAUACCAGCCCAUGUUUGUGUUUGGAUGCACUGCCUUCGACAAAUAUGAACUUCAAGAGUGGGGGCGAUUUGGUUUUGCAUAGGAAUUCAAUGACUAGGAAGCAUUUUGGGAAGCCGGGGUCCGUGGAGCUAAGAAGCUCAUUCAUCGAUGCCGGACGUGAGUUGCGGCUCUCUAGAAAAGCUCUUUCGGGUAUCGUUAAUCGGAGUUCGAGGAAGCAGCGGAAGGAUCGGAGAUUGGUGAUCGUCAACGAAGUUGCCGGGCAGUACGAAGACAGUUUUGAGGAUGUUAAAACGCAAAUUCUCAACUAUUUCACCUACAAGGCUGUGAGGACUGUUCUUAACCAGCUGUAUGAGAUGAAUCCGACGCAAUAUAGGUGGUUUUACGAUUUUGUUGCAUCAAACAAGCCUGGUGAAGGAAAACGUUUCAUUCGGACCCUUGGAAAGGAGAAGCAAGAGCUUGCUGAGAGAGUGAUGGUAACCAGGCUUCACCUGUAUGGUAAAUGGGUUAAGAAAUGUAAUCAUGCUGAAAUAUAUCAAGAGAUCUCCGAUGAGAACUUGGAGUUGAUGCGCGAACGUCUGAUGGAGACUGUGAUAUGGCCGUCGGAUGACACGAACACGGAGAAGAUUGGCUGACAACUUUCAACUUCAUAUAGCUUAGUUUUCUUAUCUCCCUACCCAUUGUUGUUCCUAGUCUAGGUAUAUUUUUUUUUUAUCAAUUAUCAAGGUUUCAUGAAUGUCAUUUAUAUCGGUUUACACAAAAUUGAUAAAAUGCCGCAUUCUGUUGGUUGUA